CGUUUAGUGGUUGACAGAAAAUGGGAAAUUGUGCCCUUAAAUAACUAAUUCAAAUAAGUGAUUAUAUUUUGUAGAAGUGCUAUUUUAUAUGGUGCAGCACUACAUGAAGGGCCAACGAAAUGAAGCCUUUCAUUAAACAGGCGUUCGUGGUAUCCGGCGCGGCGCUGAACAUCGUAGGUCACGGUUGCGCCCACGGCUUCCCUGCCGUACUGUUCGCACAGCUGAAGGCUGACGGCGGACCAGUCACACUCACCGACCAUGACACCUCCUGGAUAGCGUCCGUUGUGGGUGUGAUGGGCAUCGUUGGCAACUUCAUAUCUCCAAUCCUGAUGACGAAGUUUGGACGACAGAAGGCUCACCUCAUCAGUACCGUGCCGGCCCUCCUCGGCUGGAUUGUCUUCGUCAUCGGCAAUACUGUAUCAGCUUUCAUUCUUGCCAGACUGUUACAUGGCCUUGCAUUAGGCUUACGAACACCAUUAGCUGCUAUAUUAGUAGCCGAAUACACAGAGCCGAAGUAUAGAGGAGCAUUCCUUGGAACUUUUGCAAUAUCUUUAGGCCUAGGAAUUUUAUUAUCCCACGUCUGGGGUGCACAUUUAACAUGGAAAAUUACGGCUGUAGUUUGCUCUAUGUUCCCAUUAAUAGCAAUGACUAUAAUAAGUCUCUCACCAGAAUCUUCGAGCUGGUUAGUAUCGAAAGGAAAGUUCGAUGAAGCUAGGAAAGCAUUCGUUUGGGUUCGAGGCAACGGAGAAGCGGAGAAACAGGAAUUGGAAGCAUUAAUCAAAGCUCAGGAAAGAGAGCAAAUAUUGGAACAUAAUACAAUUAAAGUUAUCAAGAAGUUUAGAUGGAAAAAUAUAAUGAAGUCAAUUAUAAAUACUCUGAAGACAGUGUUGAAGAUAUUUAAGAAGAAAGAAUUUUAUAAGCCCUCUAUUAUAGCUAUAUGUAUGUUAAUAGUGUUUGAAUUUGGUGGAGCGCACAUGGUGCCCGCGUACGGAAACUUGAUCCUUCAGGCGGUACUGGAUAAGAAAGACUUGAGUGACGUCACAUGGCAGUUUACUGUGAUAGAUUUGUUAAGAACAAUAUGUGCGUUAUUAGCUAUAUUCUUACUGAAGACCUUUAGACGUAGGACGAUAUUGUUUUCAAGUGGUGUUAUGACUGUAUUGUCUUUGAGUGCUGUAUCAAUCUUUAUGUAUUUAAGAAAUGCGGGCGUUUUCGCUGAAGGUUGGAUGUUGGACGUGGUCCCGAUGGGUCUGAUGAUUUUGUAUACAUUGUCAUUCUGUUUAGGAUUAGUUCCUUUAAAUUGGGUGAUAUGUGGAGAAGUGUUUCCAUUAGCAUAUAGAAGUCUGGGAUCAACUUUGUCUACGUCAUUUUUGACACCAUCUUUUGUCGUAUCUAUGAAGACUGCGCCACAUUUGUAUACUUCUAUAGGUGUGGAGGGAGCCUUUUUAGUAUAUUCGGCAACUCUGACAGUCUGUUUGUUGAUAAUGUACGCAUUGUUGCCGGAAACAAAGGAUCGUACAUUGCAGGACAUUGAAGAAAGUUUCAAAGGUAAAAAGAGUGGUGAUGUCGAAACUCAACUAAGUCUUAUUGUUAAGGAAAAUGUAACAAAUUGAGUUACUUUAGAAGUAUUAUUUUUAG